AUGCGUGGUCUUUACAGUGAGAUUCUCGGUCCCUCGUUGAUCGCUCUGAGGGAUCUGACUAAUUCAAAUCGAAUGGACUUCAGUUCUGCAUUGUCGGUCCGAGCAACCGGCAUGUUUGUUGGCUCCGUCUCUUGGGGUGUGCUGGCUGACAAGGCCCCAAGGCACCGCGACUUUCUGUUGGCAGUCGCCAUUUUCCUGGGCGGACUUACAAACAUACUGAUACCAAAAUGCACCGAUUUGCCUGGCUUCACGGCCGUCAUGUUUGCCGCUGGAUUUGGCCAUGGAGCCCUGACCUCAAGUAAGUGA